ACGCUGGACUUUUGGACACAAAUACAAGAUUUGAAUGCAGCAACGGGGAAAGCCUAUGAAUUAAGAUUCAGAGAUCAUAAGAGUAAUAGAAAUUAGAAUGGAGGUUAAAUCCAGAGCUCCCGGGAAAAUUAUCCUAACCGGCGAACAUGCUGUGGUUCAUGGAUCCACCGCUGUUGCUUCUUCUAUUGACUUGUAUACCUACGUUUCUCUCCACUUCUCCACUCCUUCCGACAACGAGGAUUCGUUGAAACUGAAGCUGAAGGAGACGGCGUUGGAGUUCUCGUGGCCAAUCACGAGAAUAAGAGCAGCGUUUCCUGAAUCCACGGCUCAGCUAUCUUCCACGCCGAACUCAUGCUCUGUGGAGAAUGCCAAGGCAAUUGCCGCACUCGUUGAAGAGCUUAACAUUCCAGAGGCCAAACUCGGACUCGCCUCUGGAGUUUCCGCCUUUCUCUGGUUAUACUCUUCCAUUCAAGGAUUUAAGCCUGCUACUGUUGUUGUCACUUCUGAACUUCCUCUGGGCUCAGGAUUGGGUUCAUCCGCCUCGUUUUGUGUUGCGCUGGCGGCCGCCUUGUUGGCUUAUACUGAUUCUGUCUCUCUGGAUUUGAAACAUCAAGGAUGGCUCUCCUUUGGGGAGAAGGAUCUUGAGUUGGUAAAUAAAUGGGCUUUUGAAGGGGAGAAGAUCAUUCAUGGAAAGCCCUCUGGAAUUGACAACACAGUAAGCGCAUAUGGUAACAUUAUCAGCUUCAAGUCGGGUAACUUGACACAUAUGAAGUCAAGUGUGCCGCUUAAAAUGCUCAUUACUAACACCAAAGUAGGGAGGAACACAAAAGCAUUGGUGGCUGGUGUUGGAGAGAGGAUGCUAAGGCAUCCAGAUAUAAUGGCUUUUGUGUUUAGUGCUGUUGAUUCUAUUAGCAAUGAAUUGACUUCCAUUCUCAAGUCACCUACACCAGAUGAGCUCUCGGUAACUGAGAAAGAAGAGAAGAUAGAAGAACUAAUGGAAAUGAAUCAAGGUAUGCUCCAGUCUAUGGGGGUCAGUCAUGCCACAAUAGAAACUGUUCUUCGAACAACAUUGAAGUAUAAGUUAGCCUCCAAAUUGACAGGAGCUGGUGGUGGGGGCUGUGUUCUGACACUGCUUCCAACAUUGCUAUCAGGCACCGUUGUUGACAAAGUAGUUGCUGAACUGGAGUCAUGCGGGUUCCAAUGUUUCAUUGCUGGAAUUGGCGGGGGAGGUGUUGAAAUUAGCUUUGGGGUGUCAUCUUGAUUUUCUGUUAUUAUUUUUCCAAGGACUGACAUCAAUGAUCACAGCAUCGGAUCCUCAAAUAAUCAGCAUAAAAAUAUAUGCUACCCUUUUUACAGCUUGUGCAUCAAUCUGUUACUUUUUCUUUUCUACUUUUGAAUCAAUUUAAGCAUUUUCUUAUUCAAUCCUGAACGGAAAAUGGAGAAUAUAAACUCAUAUUUGGUUAAUAAGUACCAUUCGAGUUUGAUCCUUGACGAAAA